AUGCAGAACACGCUGAAAGUAGUCGGUAUCCUAACAUUAUUCUUCACCUGGAGAUUGUGUGAUUCUUCCAGCUACAAACUUACCAAUGUAAACUGCGAAAGUGUCAACAAAUCUUGGGUUACGGUUAAUGAGUGCCGCUUAAAGGCGGUCAGUCGAAAUAAAACCGUUUUUAACUUCAAUGCGACCUUCCACCACCCAGUUUAUGAUAUCAUAAUGGACUAUCGAUAUUUGAAAUGGGCGAGCGGCUAUAAGCCUUGGUUGUACAGAAGAAAGAUCGACGCGUGCAAGUUUUUAAGGAAGCCCUAUGAUGUCUUGACCAUUAUGAUAACAAUGGUUUAUAGGCCCUACUCUAACAUCAAUCACACUUGCCCAUAUUACGGACAUGUCUUGAUAAAAGGAAUGUAUCUUACGACGGAAGUUAAAACUUUUCCCUAUUACACCGGCCAGUACAUGCUGCAAAUGAAUUGGUUGUUCUCCCGGAAACUUCAGCUCGUAAUGAACGUUAGUUAUGAAUUUGUCGAAAAUUUAUUGUGA